CAUCCAAUUAUUCACUUGUUCUCUUAUUUCAACCUAUUAUUUCUCGUAUUAACCUUAGUACAUAUAAAAUACAUAAAGUCUCAGUAUCUUGAGGGGGAGAGAGCGGCAGCAAUAUUUCAAAAUACAAAUGUGAAAGAAAAAUGUUACCGUACGACUACGAGGGUACUACGACCGGAAAUUCCCCGUUUCACGUCCCGUCGGGCCACAUUCUGCAAGCGACCAGACCGGCGGGCUCCGGCGAGUCAACGUGGAGGCCAUCUCCGGUCGUCGCUCCAUCCACGGCGGCAUCUGAUCUGACCUCCUCCAGGCGAGUGCGUACUGCAUAAGCAGAGAUAUCUUUGGCCGCCGAAACCAUGGCGUCGAGCGCUUCCAGCGGUGUGAUGAACUCCCUCCUAUCCAAGCUCGCGGCAGUGAUGGGGGAAGAGUACGGCAAGCUGAGAGGCGUCCGGAAGGAGGCGGCGUCCCUGGAGGGCGAGCUGAGAAGCAUGAGGGCUCUUCUUGAGAAGCUGGCCGCCAUGGAUGAGCUCGAUGGCCAGGCCAGAGAGUGGAGGGACCAGGUGAGGGAGAUGUCCUAUGACAUCGAGGACUGCCUCGAUGACUUCUUGCAUCACCUUGGCCUUGCCAAGAACGAUGGGAGCACCGGAUUUGUCCACAAGUGGGUUCAAUUUCUCAAGGAGAUAAGGGCACGCCACCAGAUCGGUAACAGGAUCCAGGAGAUCAAGAAUCUUGUGAAGGAGGUGAGCGAGCGCCGCACGAGGUACAGGAUUGAUGAGUACAUACCCCCAAAUUCCGGUCAUGCGGCGGUUGACCCGCGAGUGGUCGCGAUCUACGCAGAGGCGGCUGGCCUUGUGGGUAUUGAUGCGCCGAGAGAUGAGCUCGUCAGAUUGCUGAUGGGUGAAGAGCAAGGGUUGAAGGUGGCUUCUAUUGUGGGAUUUGGAGGUUUGGGGAAAACCACUCUUGCAAAGGAAGUGUAUCGCAAGCUUGAAGGGCAGUUUGACUGCGGAGCAUUUGUGUCGGUAUCUCAGAAACCUGACAUACCAAAGCUUCUCAAUAGAAUUUUGUUGCAAGUUAGGGGGCAGUACUCUGUUCACACCUCCGAUUUGGACUGCAUUCUCAAUGAUAUCAUAAAUAGUCUACGGGAUAGAAGGUACUUCAUUGUGGUUGAUGAUUUAUGGGAUUCCUUUGUGUGGAGCAUUAUUAAAUGUGCCUUUCCAGAGAACAACCAUAGCAGCAGGGUAUUAACAACUACUCGCAUUUGGUCUAUUGCUAGCACUUGUUGCUCCAAUAGUCAGGAGUACAUUUAUAAGAUGAAAUCACUUACUGAACAAGAUUCACGAAGACUCCUUUAUAGUAGAAUAUGUGGAUCUCAUGAAGCUUUCCCUGAUAUAUUUGAAGAUGUUACAGCUAAUAUUUUAAAAAAGUGUGGUGGCUUGCCACUUGCAAUCAUCAGUAUAGCUAGCCUUCUAACUGGUCAAUCAUACAUUACCUGGGAAUAUGUAAAUAAUUCUAUGGGAUCCAUAUUUGAAGGAAAUCCUACCUUGGGUGGAAUGAGGCAGAUAUUAGAACUGAGCUACAAUAACCUUCCUCACCAUCUUAAGACAUGCCUUCUAUAUGUCAGUAUGUAUCCAGAGGACUACAUAAUAAAGAAGAAUGAUUUGGUAAGACAAUGGAUAGCUGAAGGUUUCGUGAGUAAAAUCAGUGGUCUAGAUGUGGAUGAUGUUGCUGGUAGCUACUUCAAUGAGCUUAUCAACAGGAGCAUAAUCCAGCCCAUAUAUAUAGAUUACAAUGAUGAGGUGUUGUCCUGCAGAAUACAUGAUACAAUGCUAGAAAUUAUCAGAUCAAAGUCUUCUGAGGAGAACUUCCUUUCUGUAAUAGAUGAUCGAAAUACUGUGGCACCAGGACUGCACAAGAUCCGCCGAGUCUCUUUCCACUACAUUGGUGAAGAGGAUGGUGUCAUAUCAGCAUCAAACAGUAGAUCACUUUCGCAAGUUCGGUCAGUUGCAUUUUUCAAUAACAGUUUUAGGCCUUCAUCCUUGGAACUCAAGUAUGUGCGAGUUCUACUUCUCGAAUUUCCUCGGAGAUGGAGGGGAACAAGGGUGGACCUUACCGGUAUCUGUGGAUUGUCUCUGCUGAGAUAUUUAAAAAUUUCACAUGAUGUCAAGUUGGUGCUACCUGGCCAACUUGGUGGAAUGUGGCAUUUGGAGACAAUUGAGCUGCAUACAUCAGAAGAAUUGAGCAUUCCAUCAGAUAUUGUUACUUUGCCCCAUUUGUCACAGCUGUUUAUUCCAGUAAAUACAGUGCUGCCCAAUGGGAUUGGCAACCUGAAAUCCUUGCGUAACCUAGAGUGGUUUGAUUUGACAAAAAACUCAAUGAGCAAUAUUGAAUGCCUUGGUGAGCUGACCAACAUAAGAGAUCUUAAACUUAACUGCAGCAGCACUGAGCCCUCGGAGGAUGUGUCUAGACGUAUUGGAGCCUUGUGUUGUUCCCUGGAAAGACUUUCACGAUCUCCCAGCAGCCUCAGGAACGUUGUUCUUCUGAAACAUUUUCCUUCAUGGUUGCAGGUUGAUGGCUUGAGCACACUGUCCCCUCCACCUCACCGUCUUUGGAAGCUCCAUCUGGAACGUUGCUUGUUUUCCAGGAUACCCACGUGGAUUGUACAGCUUCGUGACCUUCACAGCUUGAAGCUUACGAUUAGGAAGGCAGUGCCCAUGGAUGAUGGUAUUAUUAUUCUUGCAUGUUUGCCUUCCCUUGUCCACCUCGAAUUGAGCAUUCUUGUGUGCCCAGAAGAAAGAAUCGUCUUCUCCGGUACGGGCAUGGCAUUCCAAUCUCUCAAGCACUUGGUUUUCAGGUGUCAUAAGCCAUUCCUGGACUUCAAAGCUUGUUCUAUGCCCAAGCUACAGAGGCUUGAGCUAUGGCUUGAUGCAACGGGAUGGGAACAAUGCAGCGGCACUUGCAUACCAGUCGGCAUUGAGCACUUGCCAGCAUCCCUAAGAGAAAUUCACAUAAACCGGGAGUAUGGUGCCAACAAACGUGACAUACAAGCUUCAAAAUCUGCGUUGAGCAGUGUGUUUGCCGCGCACCAUCCUGGUGCUAACUUGAUUUUUGGAGGUGCGCCUUGGAAUUAUCCUUCUGAUGACCAUGACUAAUGGUGACUACUUGUGAAGAAGGAUGUGGUUUGUAAGGCCACUGACAUCGGCUUCACUUGCUAAAAAAGUCCGGGCUAUUCUCUGACCAAAAAUGAAUUUCUCAGAGUUUUUGACGAGAAGACACAAGAGAGAGGAGAUGAGCGACAAUUCAAGUUGGCUGCCAGUUGAGGUGGGAGAUGCUGGUGGUAUGUAUGCAUUCCUGCUCCCUGUAAAACUGUCAUUUUUUUACUUCGUGGGGAUUAAAUGGGUUCCUAUGUGGUGUGUACAACAAUUUCUGUGCUGUGAUGACAGGCCCCUUUCAGGCCAAUGCUAGUUUUCACAUCUCCAGUUUAUUUCCAGCCUACUUGAUUCAGUCUGUUAGCUAUUUUUCUCUUACUGUAAAUGUAAAUGUUGAUAUGUACAGCUAAACAAAUGGUUUGAUUAUUAUCCUAUGCAUAUCUAUCCUUUAUCUGCGU